AUGACCAAUCUGGCAUUGACUUAUCACGGUCAAGGAAAAUGGAAGGAAGCCGAAGAGCUGGAAGUACAAGUACUAAAGGCUCGGGAGCAGAUGCUAGGUCCAGAGCACCAGGAUACUCUGACUAGCAUGGCCAACCUCGCAACAACAUACUACAGUCAAGGAAGAUGGAAAAAAUCGGAGAAGCUAGCAGUGCAGGCCAUAGAGACCCAGAAGGAAGUGCUGGGGCCAGAGCAUCCUGAUACUCUGACGAGUAUAAACAUCUUGGCAUCGAAUCACACGAGGCUAGGACGUUGGAAGGAAGCUGAAAAGCUGCUGAUGCCCAUAAUCAAGAUUCAGAGACAGAUGCUAGGCCCAGAGCAUCCUGAUACUCUGGCUACUAUGGCUAGUCUUGCAUCGACAUACCACCUUCAAGGAAAAUGGAAGGAUGCAAAUUUGGAAAACAAAAAGUGCCUCUCGAUGAUGGACAGCCCCGAAAGGUCCUUAAGGCGGCAACUCAUCUUCUUCCCUGUAAUGCUGCUGGGAUUUUAA